CCGGCUGCAAAGUGAAUUUAUUUCAGCAUACCAUGUCCUCGAUAUCGGCGCAAGGCGUGGUCGAACGUGCCUCCGCUGAACUAUCCAAGCGUAUCAAUGGCCUCGGCUUGCGUUCGAAACAUCAUCACAGCAAUUCAUCAUCUUCGUCCUCUUCUUCGUCAACGUCGUCCACAUCCUCGUCGUCGUCCUCUUCAUCGUCCUCGGGUAGUGGCAAGACAUCGGUAAUGGAAAGGGUGACCAAUGCUCUGUGCGGUGGUGGGAAUUCGAAUUCGAAUGCGAACAACUCCAAUGCGAAUAAUUCCAAUCAGAGUACCACAACAACAGCGGGAGGAGCCACAACGGGUCUAAUAACGCCCGACAAACCCAGCAGGGCUGGGACCAUCAACACCCAACAGCAACAGAGUAACCAACAGUCCCAUCACAGCCUGCAGCAGCAUCAGCACCAGCACAUGACAACGACAACAACCACCACGGUGAACAGUUAUCAACUCCUGCAGCAGCAACAGCAGCAGUAUUUAAGUUCGCAGAUCGCCAAUUCGACGCUGAUCAACUCGAAUCUGGUGAUGAAUCCGGCGGGCACACCACCCACGGUACCAAACAUUCCACUGGGUGCCCCACCCACGCCCACAGUGAAUUCAAUUGCCAAGCAAAUGAACAUCACCAUACCGGGGUCGGUGGGGCCGGGAGCACCGCAAUUCACCACCAUGGGUAUGGCGGCGGCCCAGAAGACUCAGUCACUAACCCCCCUACAGAUGCGUAAACAGCUGCCCAAUCCUCAUCUACAUCAUCCCUAUGCCACGGGUGGCGUAGGUGCUGUCACACAAUCCGCCUUGAUCCUACCCAAAUUACCACCUCCCAUUACCAGCAUUGAGACCCUUAUGCAGGACGAACGAUUCCUCAACCGAUUCUUUUUGUAUUUCAACUCCUACGAGCGGAGAGUCCUGGCCCAGGUGUGUAUGAAAUGGCGGGAUGUUUUGUAUCGUAGUCCUCGGUUCUGGUCGGGUCUGCUGCCGACGCUACAGUGUCGUGAGUUACGGCAAAUGAAUGCCACCGAUCGGGUAAAGUUGUUCAAUUCGUUGAUACGACGAGGAUUCCAUGCCCUGGCUUUGGUGGGGGCCAACGAUGAUGAUGCCUACGAUGUGGUCCAUUCGUUUACGCUGGCAUCGAAGCACAUACACUCGUUGUCGUUAAGAUGUUCCUCAAUAUCGGAUCGGGGCUUGGAGGCGUUGCUGGAUCAUUUGCAGAGCCUCUUCGAAUUGGAACUGGCUGGCUGUAAUGAGGUUACAGAAGCUGGCCUCUGGGCAUGCCUGACACCGCGCAUUGUUUCAUUAUCCUUGGCCGAUUGUAUAAAUAUUGCCGAUGAGGCUGUGGGUGCUGUUGCUCAGCUAUUGCCAUCGUUAUACGAGUUUUCAUUGCAAGCCUAUCAUGUCACCGAUGCCGCUUUGGGCUAUUUUUCACCAAAACAAAGUCAUAGUUUAAGUAUAUUACGCUUACAAUCCUGCUGGGAAUUAACCAAUCAUGGCAUCGUUAAUAUUGUCCAUUCGCUGCCGCAUUUGACAGUUUUAAGCUUAUCCGGUUGUAGUAAAUUAACCGAUGAUGGUGUCGAGCUAAUUGCCGAAAAUUUACAAAAGCUAAGAGCUUUGGAUUUGUCAUGGUGUCCACGUAUAACGGAUGCCUCAUUGGAAUAUAUUGCCUGUGAUCUAAAUCAAUUGGAAGAAUUGACAUUGGAUAGAUGCGUCCACAUAACCGACAUCGGUGUCGGCUAUAUCUCCACCAUGCUCUCGCUAACCGCUUUAUUUUUACGCUGGUGUUCCCAAGUUCGUGACUUUGGCCUACAACAUUUGUGCUCAAUGCGUAAUCUGCAAGUCCUAUCGCUGGCCGGUUGCCCCCUACUAACCUCCUCAGGUCUGUCCAGUCUCAUCCAGCUGAGACAUUUGCAAGAAUUGGAGUUGACCAAUUGCCCGGGAGCGUCGCAGGAACUCUUUGAAUAUCUUAAAGAUCAUAUGCCUCGUUGUUUGAUAAUUGAAUAA